AUGGGUUCCACCAGCAUCCUGUCCGACAAGGACGUCAACAGGUCCGCCGUCACCUACAACGCUGCGGACAACGCCAUGAAGCCCGAUGUCAAGAGCAUGGAUUACCACCGCCAGGUGCUGCAGUCCAAGAUGGACGAAGAGAAGUACGGCGCCGCCGCUCCUGCCAUUCCUGUCAUCCCUACUGCUACCACCUGGUACACCACCGCCGCCAUCCCUGCGAUCGCUUCCCAUUGUUCUCAACAUCCGGUGCAUACCCUUGCUGACCUCGAUGACCGUAGGAAGCAGCAGUACAUCUCGCCCUCAGACAACAUCAUGAGUCCCUGCUCCGCGAAGCUCAACGCGCUCAAAGGCCGACAGGCUGGCAAGGCAAAGCCAAAGUCGCUCUUCGCGCAGGCCUCGGCCAAGAAGUUCGUCGACGGCGAGAACGUGCUCGGUGCCAAGAACGCUGUGGCCUCCUCGCCGACCAAGCCUGACAGCAACUAG